ACGUUGACAUUCCCAUUGUUGACGUUUCACUAUUUUGACGUUUUUAGGUUACCUCUUAAGUUAAAUUUUGUAAAUUAUUCGAAAAUGGCACGUAAUAGUUAUAAUUUACUAGAAUUAGACGUCGACAAACUAUUCGAAGACCACAAAAUUGAAGAAAUCAUCGAAAUCGAGAAACUGCUAGAUGCCGAAAUCGAGAGAAAAAGGGUGGAACUGAGAUCAAUGGUCGGAGACCGCUACAAGGAUGUCUUAGCCGCCUCCGACGCUAUCAAAAACAUGAAAACCAUUUCACAGCAAAUCGUAGACAACAUCCAAACUAUCACGGACGUUUGCGAGGGGUUGAUUACGAAGAACGAAGACAAAGAGGUGGAGGACGAGGUUAAGGUGGACAGUAAGCAAGAUGAGCAGAGGGAAUUGAUUGUUUUAGUACGGUUGGCGGUUUUUAUGAACGAUCAGAUAUGGACAGCGCUGGACAAGGGCGACAAUUUAACGGCGGCGCAGUUUUACCUGCUGGCACAACAUAUCCACAUGGGUUUAAACUUGACUAAGAAAGAAUAUUUAGAAAAGUUGCCUCUUUUGAAACAAAUUGGAGCCAACUUGCAAACUUUAAGGGAUUUGAUUUUCAACAGGAUUAAAAUGAAAUUAGAAUUUGUUGAAAUUACAGCAGAGGAAACCAGUAGUAACCUGAACGCCCUACUCCUUCUUAAGAACCAAAGCACAAGUGAACUUUUGAAUAUUUUCAUAGCUCACCGGAAAACCACCCUUAAUUCAGUUAUGAACACCUCUCAUUCCAGUGUUCGUGUACAAGUCAGUGCAAUGGUGAAGUGUCUCAUUACUACCAUACAUCUACUACACGACUGCUUUGUGUGUUAUGGGGACAGUAAAAAAGGUCUAAUUUGGCAGCAACUACAGAACAUAGUUGAGGACUCUUCAAUCCCAACCUUGUCAAAAAUUGAAUUACCUGUAACACCACUGUUAAUAUACAUACCCGACAUAGUGAAACAAUUCCGACCCAAGUACAAAAGUAACAUUGAAGCACCCACAAAAGACAAAAUUGGGUUAGAAGACUGGUUAGAAGCGACCAAAACGUCGAUUAAAAGUGGUCUCGAACAGUCUUUGAAACUGGUGACUAACGUUAAAGGGUUGCAUAUAAUUAGAGAAGAAGCUUUAAAAAUAGAAUUACCAAACCAAUGGGAGCGAAUAUGUUCUGAAUCCGGUUUACCUGAAACGUUCAACGUCUGGUAUUAUUUUUUUCAAAGUUUGAUCACUGAGCGUGCUCGGGAGCUCAUCUCGAAGAAGGUAUUUUCGAUUAUUAAGGAGUUGGAGAAGGAUAUCGGGGAAGUUUUAAAAGGUGAUUUGAAGACGGAACGUGGCGAGACUGAUCUUAGGUGGUACAGUUGGGUGGAGGAAACCGGUGAUGUAAGUCGCACCGAAAACACACAUAUAGGUUUAUCAAUGAAGACUUUGGGUUUUUCACAAAACAUUGUCACUUUAUGUAGUAAACUAGACGGUAAAUAUCUAGAGUUGUUGGUAGAUGUUUCGCAGUACCUGUAUGGAAGAGAAUACGAAGACGACAUAAUAAUUUUAACACACUUGAAAAACAGGAGAAAAUUUAUAGAUAGGGAAGAGUUGGAGAGUCAUCUUAGGGUUGAAAGUACAAAAAAUUCUACCACGUUAACAGUAUUCCUGCAGGAUUUUCUUAAAUCCGAAAGUAAUCAAACUUUGUUAGUCGCUAGGUCAUUAGUGUGCGCUAGGUUUUUACAAGCUAUUACCACCUUGUGCCCUCAUUUUAAUAAAUGUUGUACGUUUAAUGGUACAACGGAUGAUUGGAGUAGGAUUUGUAGCCAUUUUACUCAGUCUAGUUUACAAUUUUGGGACAAAUGGGUUGAUAAGUGUGCUCAAGAGACGGACAGGAGUGCAAAGAGACAAUUUAGUGAUGUUGGAGUUUGUUCAAUGAUUUCCAUUCUUUUGAGAUGGGACACCAUUGAGAUCCAAGAACAAACCGAAGAGAAGGUUUUUAAAUCCCAAAUUAAAGUGCCAUUAAAACCCAGCCUGCUCUUGCACCACCUUCUCAACAAACUCAACAAUGACGUAAGCCACGUCCUGCCUCACACCCUCCCCAAGCAAAUCCAUGUUCAGUUCAUUGAGAGAAACGUCGAACUGAUCCUCGGCCAGUACAGAGGGUUGUUGGGGCGCGACCUCAACCAGAACCAAGCGCUGCAGUUCCUCUUCGACGUGAAAUUCUUGACAACGUUCUGCAUUCCGAGGGAAAACGUCCGUCUCGUUGCUCUUUCGCAAGAAAUCUGUGAUAAACUUCGGGGGAAAAUCGACCCUUUCGACUUGGAUGUGUUCUAUUCGUACUUGCAGAAUAACGUGAAGAGGGCGGUGCUGCAGAGUCAGGCCAUUCUGGGGUGUUUGUUGCCGUCUUCGGCUCAGUUGGCAAAUCUGGGAGUCGGGGAGAAGUUUAAGGACCAAGAAAAGGAUCCCUCAGUGUUGGCUUUGAGUGUACCUUCAAUAGCAUUUCCCUUGUUUUGUACUUUUGCGCACCAAAUUCCAUCGCAGAAGACUACGGCUGUGGCUAAUGUGCAGGAAGUGGCUAAGGUUUCUUCCCCUCGCCCCACAAAAAGUACUCCGAAGAAGUCUCAAGAUCCCACCGCCGCUAUCCGAUCGAGUGCCGCCGCGUUGUUCGGGGGCCUAACGACGGACUGGUUCUCAUAGCAUCGUUGGACGCCCCCCCAACAUUUUAUUUCUUGUUAUACGUCUCCACGUACAGCUUUUGUACUUGUAAAUAUGUAUUUGUAAGCCUCAAAGAAAAAAUAGACAAAUCAUGUUUAAUAAA